UAUCAUAUUAUUCUCGCACAAUUGAAACGAUUUUUCCCGACAGUCUCCAUCUUCACACAACCAUCACCGGCGGCGGCGGCGGCGGCGGCUCUAACUUCGCCAUCUCACUGAAUCUUCUCAUCAACCAAGGGCAUAAAAAUGUCGUCUUUAAGGAAUGCUCUGCCUAGAAGAGCUCACAAGGAGCGAUCUCAGCCACAUUCAAGGAGGAGAUUCGGUCUGCUCGAAAAACACAAGGACUAUGUCGUACGCGCUAAAGCCUUCCACCAGAAGGAAGAUGCAAUACAGAAACUUAGAGAAAAGGCGGCGUUUAGGAACCCCGACGAGUUCUACUUUAAAAUGAUCAAGACGAAAACUGUCAAAGGAGUCCACAAAUUGGAGAGUGAAGCAAACAAGUACACUCAGGAGGAACUCAUGUUGAUGAAGACUCAAGACGUCGGAUAUAUUUUGCAGAAACUUCAAUCGGAAAAGAAGAAAAUCGAGAAACUAAGUAGUGUGUUGCAUAUGCAUGGUCUUGACAGCGGCUCGUCGAGCAAGCAUGUUUAUUAUGCUGAAGACAGGGACGAAGCAAGAGAAAUACAAGCAAGUGUUGCGGAAAACAAAGAAAAUCCUACUUCAGAAGACUUGCCUAAAGAUAUCAAACGGAAAAUAGCUGUUUCAUAUCGAGAGCUGGAGACUCGAAAAGGUCGAGUGAAAGAACUAGAGAAAAUCUACAUGGAGAUGGCAAUGCAGAAAGAAUUACAGAAAAAAGGCAGAAAACGCAAACUCCGUGAAGAUGAAAUCGUGGAGCCAACAUCAAAACCCGUCUACAAGUGGCGUCAAGAAAGAAAACGCUGAGAACAACAAAAUACUGCUGAUAUUUUUGAGUGAUCAAAUUUAUCGACGCUUUAAAAUCGAAAUUUUGUAGCAUGAAUUACAUUUAAAAUGUUUGUUAUCAAUGACUCAAGGAUAGAUAAACUAAUCCUAGUGUAAUGAUACGAAGUUUUUUCGUUUUUUU